CAAGGGAAUGACAACACCAGGGCCUUCGCAUCUCUUCUCUACGCUGGUGGAUGUGGUACGGACGUAUCACACUAAAGUAGUUAGUUAGCUUGCAACUAGAAGACAUUCUUUAUGUGCUACCUGGAGCUACAGAAGAAUGGCAGAUGACAAGGACGUGUUGCGGGACGUGUGGUUCGGGCGGAUUCCCACUUGCUUCACACUCUACCAGGACGAAAUCACCGAGAGGGAAGCGGAACCCUUCUACUUGCUCCUGCCCAGGGUGAGCUAUCUGACGUUGGUCACAGACAAAGUGAAGAAGCACUUUCACAAGGUGAUGAGACAGGAAGACGUGGAGGAGAUGUGGUUCGAGUACGAAGGAACGCCUUUAAAAUGGCACUACCCGAUCGGCGUGCUGUUUGAUCUCCACGCCUCCAACACUGCCCUGCCCUGGAGCAUCACUGUGCAUUUUAAGGACUUCCCCGAGAGGGACCUGCUCCACUGCCCCUCCAACUCUGUGAUCGAGGCCCACUUCAUGUCCUGCAUCAAGGAGGCGGACGCCCUGAAGCACAAAGGACAGGUGGUCAACGAGAUGCAGAAGAAGGACCACAAGCAGCUGUGGAUGGGCCUGCAGAACGAUAAGUUUGACCAGUUCUGGGCCAUGAACAGGAAGCUGAUGGAAUAUACAACAGAGGAAGGCGGAUUCCGCUACAUCCCCUUCAGAAUAUACCAGACGAUGAGUGACAGGCCAUUCAUCCAAAAGCUGUUCCGCCCCGUCUCACCGGAUGGACAUGCCCAUACCCUGGGGGACCUGCUGAAGGAGAUGUUCCCUGCUGCCAUACCCCAGGAUGAUGAACAGAAGAAGUACCAGGUGAUUAUUCAUGGCAUUGAGCCCAUGCUGGAAACCCCUAUCCAGUGGCUGAGUGAACACCUGAGUCACCCAGACAACUUCCUGCACAUCAGCAUCAUCCCGGCGCCUAGCGACUGAGGACAUCCUCCCGUUGCCUAGCAGCCAAGACACCAUCCCCUGGAGUGCCACGGGAUGCAUCUUUUUAUCAUUGCUCUCUGAAACUGGAAACUCUACAGGAGGAACUCUCUCUUUCCCUCUUUCCAUGGCUCUUUCACUCACACUCUGUUUCAGUUAACCCCCCCUCCGCCCCCCUUGCCCCUCACUCUGGAGUUCUCCAAAGUAAGUUAACCAGAGAAGCCUCUGUGCCGAAAGCCAAACAAGGAUUCGCAACAAGAUCUGACUGAGAGAAAAGAGGGAUGCUGGUGCAGCUGUCUCCUUCCCGCAGCCUUCGUCCUCCUCCUCUUCCUCCGCUCGACGCACUGUGUGAGUCACCCUCCGCCCCCCUUCUUCCCAGGCCCCCGGCCUUCCAUCGGAGAGGAAGUGUCGAGUGCGGACGACAUCCAGACAAACAACCAGACGGAUUAACAAACAAACAGACGGGUGCGUUUCCUGGGGCGAGCCAAGCCGAGCCGCUCCGCCGGGACUGCUGCAGGUGAUACCUGACUGACCCGAGCUUAUUUGUCGUCACCCUCCCCCCACAGAGAAUCCACUACAGAGAUCUUUUUCCUGUCUGUAACUUACUGCCCAUCCUCUCUUAGAUCUCAGAUCCCCCCCCCCCCCUUCUCUCGACUAAUUAUCAGAAGGCAUUCUGUGCUUCGUUAAUUAGACCGCUAAAGGUCUCUUUCCUCUCUCAGGCGGUGUGUAAUGUGCAUGGGGGGUGUAAUUAUUUUAAUGGUUCACAGUUUUGACAUUAUUUAUAGGGCAGUUGGGAAGUUGGAGAGGGGGUAUGGUGGGGUGACCGAGGUGUGAAAAGAGGGAAUGGAAUUCUCUCUGUCUGCUCUGGCUCCUUUCAUGUCAAACCCUCCAAUUAGUUUUGGGUCGCUGUUGGAAGAUAGCACGGUGAAAGGCAGCGCGUCCUUGGCUUCUCAUGUCCAUGUGGUCGUGUAGUGAUCAGUUCAGGCAAGUUUUUAUAUACAUACAUAUAUAUAUAUCUACACAUAUACAUAUACAUGUAUAUAUACAUACAUAUACACUAACACAUACACAUAUGCAAAACAGGAGGAAUGUGACAUCUUGCUUUGUCUUCUUUAUUACGGGCUGAAUCAGUGCACGAGGGAGAUGGAGGUCGUUAGCGUUGCGGGGACUCGUCAUCACCCAAAGAGACGAGCGCAGAGUCUGUGGUGAAUGAACAGAAACGCAGUCAGCAUCUUUAGGAGUUCUGACAAACAUCUCGUCACUCUUUCACAUUUUUUUCAUCUGCCCUGCUGUUGACCCACCCCCCGCCCCCUCCUCCUCUCCCCCUUCCCGGUCUGGGCAGAGCUGCAGUUUCCAGUGAGGGGCAUGAUUCCCGGCGAUUUACAGAAAUGUGUCUUCAUGCCAUCGUGCGGGUGAAUUCUGCACCAAAGAGGCCUCUCACUGGGAACCCAGGCAUUGGUAGAGAUUGGAUUUUUCUAUUUUCUUUUCUUUUUUUUUUUUAAUCGAUUAAUCUGAUUUUUCCAACUCUGUCGGAAAGGAAGGGACAUUCAGCGUUGUCGGGUUAAAACGGAGCGGAGAGGUCAGAGGUCAGCGCAGUGGGCGAGGUCGGCGCUGUGCCGUCCCAGGGGCCUCGGCCCGCCUUCUCGAGAGCCCAAGUUCAGACGCGUCCGUGCGUCCUUCUCCGAUCCGCUGAGCCGGCCUGCAUCAGCGGCUGAACUCCCCGACCCUGUGCACCGAUGGUGAAAUGGGUGAAACUCCACAGGCAGAAACACAUUUGCUUGCGUUUUUUUGCAUUUCGGGGGGUCACAGAGUUCUGCGGGGGCGCGCGCACACACACACACACACACACACACACACACACACACACACACAGACGGGGCGCAAAUGAGCCGCAGCUGAGAGAAAUUAUUUAUUUGUAGGAACCUGUGAGUCCCCGCUUCCCAUGGCGGCGUCACCACCGCGCUUUACAAACUCUGUGGAAACCAGAAUGAUCGCAACGGCCGUCUCCCGUCCACUGAAGAAUUCUCAGCAUAGUUUAGCUUGAGCGUAGUCCUCGCGUCCGCACAAAGCGUCUCUGCGCCAGAGCAUGUUUACAAACAGCAGAGUCCGUUUCUCUUUCGCACACCCGGCUGGAAGGAGAUCUGUUGCAGAGGAGCGGUGUUGGACAGGCACGAAUGGAAAAGAGUUGUGCAAUUGAUUUCUUCCAGACUGGUCAUCUGUUCUCGGUUUCCUUUUUGGAGUGCUCGGUUCCAGCUGUCACGACUUGAUGUGUGACGGGGACGCCAUUGCGGCUCCGGAGCUUUGCCUCCAAAUUGUUUAACGAAUUCAUGACAUAACAGAACAGCCCAAUUAACACGGCAGAUUAAUAAAACCGUCAGGUUUCCCCUCUGUAGCUUUGUAAUGACACAUGUGCAUUUAAUUUCUC